CCGUCUCCGUGGCGGUUGCUUCCGGCGCCGCGCGGCAUGGUGGGAGUGGGGCGGCAGGGAGCUGGGAUGGUGGGCGAGGAGGAGGACGAGGCCGAGGCCGCGGUCCCCGACUGCUUCCGCGCCUAUUCGGAGACCGAGAAGCACUGGCAGGCCCGGCGCGACUUCCUGCUGCGCCACCUGCCAACUGACGGCACGCCCGCCGCCGCGCGCCUCGACCAGCUCCUCGCGCUCUCCAUGGUCUGGGCCAACCACGUCUUCCUGGGCUGCAGCUACAGCCGAGACCUCCUGGACAAGGUCAUGGACAUGGCUGAGGGGAUCACAGUGGAAGACACCCCCCGGUUCACCACCAGGGACGAGCUGAUGAGGAAGUAUCAACGUUAGUGCAUGGGAGAAGUUUCAAAUUUCCAUCGUGACACAGGAUCAGUUUAAAGGAGGAUCCAGUUUUAACUGAACAUACUGUUUCUAAAAAGACUCUCAAUAUGAUGGACAUUCGAGAAAGGAUUGCUUCUGAUUUUUUCUUUUUUAAACUCCCAAACCAGCUUAUGGUAGAUGUCCAUGAUCAAAACUUUUAAAACUAAGAAAAUUGGGUUUUUAAACAGGUUUACGAAUCACAGAUUUGUAGAUCAAAGAAAACAUUAUGCAGGGAUCUGUUUUUUCCUUUCACAUAAACACAUGGAUCUAGACGAACUCCCAGAAAAGGCCCAUGCAGGUGAGAUGGGGAGCUGUGGCAUGUCCUCAGUCUUUUAGGUACAAGUCUGUGUGAUGCCUAGCAAGUCUGAUUUAGGUUGAUCGGUCCUGGGGAGUACUUACUCACAUAGCACACAUCCCCAACCAGACAGCUGGAGGUCUCACUCUUCACCCUCCUUGAGAGAUGUUUUAAUACUGUUUAGAGCAUUGACUAACACUGCUUCUCCACUGUCUUUAUUCUGUGUGAUGGGCGAGGGCAUGUUGUACAACAAGGUUGCUACACUACUGCUUUUCUUCUACAGGCACCUAAUACCCAUUUCUCAACUAGUAUGCCUGCACCACUACUAUGUUCUUCUGGUUUUGUUCCAGUGUCUCUUAAGUCACUGGAAUGGUAUUUGGAUUACUGUGUAAUUUAAUCAAUAUGCAAUUUUUUUUUUAUUUUUUUUUUUAAAAGCAAUGAAAUUGCUAAUCUUUAUUAAAAAGAGAAUUCUUUGUCUUGCACUUAUUCUGUCAGGUCUGAUCCACAGCCCAUUGGAACCCAAGGUUCCAAAGUGUUUCUACUAGUAAAUUUGUAGAUAUCAAUUACUGUGGGGUUUUUUUAUACUUUUCGAUUUCUGUCAAACACCAAGAGAAAUUAUGAAAAUCUCAUUUGAAUAGAGCAUCGCAUAGCUUAAAUUCCAGACAGAUAAUUAGAUGUGUUAACCAAAACUCCUACUGCCACCAAUAAACUUUCUGGAAAGUUCUAGGUAAUCGCCUCUAAAUUACAAUAAUGAUUUCAUAAGUUAAGUUGCUGGGUACUGUGGACCUAAAUGAUAAUUCUGGAACAGAUUUAAUGAAUUCCAUUGUACAGCUGACUGGAAAUUCCUCCUCAUUGCUACUCAAAUUUAAAACUGUAUUUUAUUGAAUUAAAUAUAAAAAUGAAGAAUGCAGUCAGUACAAUGACCCAUAUGGUGUUCAGUAUCAAAGUCCAAUUAUUUUAUCUAUGCAACUAGCAGGCUGUUUUCAGUGUACCACAACGGUUGUACUAAUAAUGAACUGUAUCACAGAAAUGGG